GGGGAAAUUUGGCAAGAAAACAGAAAAGCAGCGGUUCUUAUUUUUUCCAGCGCUUAACAGCACGGCAGGAGAAGCGAGAAUCCUGCAAUUAAAUUCCUUUGAAAGAUUCAGGCUGUAAAUUAUGACAACAAGAGACAGUUAUUUUUAGUGUUGAAGUUCAGAAGGAUUGAAUAAUUGAUAUUAGUAAACAAGACAGAGAUGUUCUCACUCUUUUAUGGACUUUGGAAGUACAUAUUUAGUAAGACGGAGUUUCAUGUACUCAUUCUUGGAAUUGACAAGGCUGGGAAAACAACAUUGUUGGAGAAGUUGAAGUCAUUAUACUCAAACUUAGAAGGCCUACCACCUGAUCGAAUUGUUCCAACUGUGGGGCUUAAUAUUGGUCGGAUUGAAGUAUCAAAUACGAAACUAGUGUUCUGGGACCUGGGAGGCCAGCCUGGCCUUCGCUCAAUUUGGGAGAAAUACUAUGAAGAGGCACAUGCUGUGAUAUUCGUAAUUGAUGCUGCUUGCCCUUCACGUUUUGAAGAUUCAAAAUCUGCACUUGAGAAAGUUCUUAGACACGAGGAUCUGCAGGGAGCCCCUCUCUUGAUAUUAGCAAACAAGCAGGACCUCUCUGAAGCUGUAUCUGCUGAAGAACUUGCCCGAUAUCUAGAUCUUAAAAAAUUGGACGAAAGGGUUUACAUGCUUGAGGCCAUUUCUGCUUUUGAUGGGAUGGGGAUUAAAGAAGGUGUGGAGCGGUUAGUGGAGGUAAUGGAGAGAAGCAAGAGAACUGAAAGAUUGAGAAUUCGUGCGGGUGUAACUGCUCCUACUUAGAGCUUAGAGGGAAAGAUACCAAG